CGGACCCACACUCGGAGAAAAAAGAAAAAAAAAGGAGUCGUUUAGGAAGAAAGCUCGCCACCAAAACUACCAGCGCAGACACAAACAUGGCGCCUAUCUCCUGCGACAACUUCAGAUGAAAGUGUGUUGAAGAAAAGAAAGUGAGCUGCAAAGUUUGAGUCCGUCUCCCUCCGCUUGCGGCUGCUUCGCGAUCCGCGCAAAAACGGAGUAAAUAUCAGCGCAGUGGAGCUGCAAGCUGCUUACAUGUCAACACUGGUUCUCACCGCGGUGUAAACAGCUGGUGCAUCCAGCCAUGAUUGAGGAUAAGGGUCACCGUGUGACCGACUACUUUGUGGUUGCCGGGUUGACAGACAAGUCCACUCCUCUGGAGCAAGACCUGUCGGAGACCAAGUCAAGCGGGCCCAAAGCCCCCAUCACGGACCUGGCCGUCAUAAACAAGUCGGCGGGAGAGACCGUACCCGAGGGCUUCACCUGCAUCGACAGCACCUACAGCGGCCAGCCGGCCAACCUCAACCACGGCAGUCUCAAGAGUCCCGAGCUCUUCCUGUGCUAUAAGAGGGGGCGGGGGAAGCCUCCCCUCAUCGACAUCGGGGUGCUGUACGAGGGUAAGGAGCGUCUGAUCCAGGGCUGCGAGGUCAUCCAGGCCACGCCGUACGGCCGCUGCGCCAACGUCAACAACAGCUCGGCCACCUCCCAGCGCAUCUUCAUCACCCUGCGCAGAGCCCCGCCGGUCCAGCCCCAGAACUCCCUGGCCGUCACGGAUAUCUGCGUCAUCGUGACCAGCAAGGGCGAGACGCCGCCACACACCUUCUGUAAAGUGGAAAAGAACCUCAACUGUGGCAUGUGGGGAUCGAACGUCUUCCUGUGUUACAAGAAAUCAGUGUCGGCAUCAAACUCCAUCAGCUACAAAGCCGGUUUAAUCUUUCGUUAUCCACAAGACGACUAUGAAUCUUUUCCUCUGUCGGAGUCGGUCCCUCUGUUCUGUUUGCCGAUGGGCGCCAAGAUCGAGUGCUGGGCACCAAACACUCGUGACCCUCUACCGGUCUUCUCCACGUUUGUCUUAACCGUCUCCUCUGGUGAAAAGGUGUAUGGAUCGGCUAUCCAGUUCUACGAGCCGUAUCCGGUGGAUCUCCUGAGCGAGAAGCAGAAGAUCCAGCUGGGGCUGCUCACCACGGUGGAGAAGAAAAUGAUCCCCAACCGGCCGGUGAACACCAACAAAUGCAUCUGUCUGCUCUCCCACUGGCCCUUCUUCGAGUCCUUCCGCAAGUUCCUGAUGUUCCUGUACAAGCUCUCCGUCUCGGGCCCGCACCCUCUGCCUAUUGAAAAGCACAUCUCACACUUUAUGCACAAUGUGUCGUUUCCUUCCCCUCAGAGGCCCAGAAUCCUUGUCCAGCUCUCAGUACACGACACUUUGAUGCUCUCCCAGCCCGUGUGCACACCUUUACCACUCAGCGGGGCCGACUACGGCACUCUGCUGAUGAACCUGGGCUCAGAGAACUGCGCCACGCUGCUGCACUUCGUCCUGCUGGAGAGCAAGAUCCUGCUGCACUCGCUGCGACCCGCCGUGCUCACCGGAGUGGCCGAGGCCGUGGUGGCUAUGAUCUUCCCCUUCCAGUGGCAGUGUCCCUACAUCCCCCUGUGCCCGCUCUCUCUAGCAGGCGUCCUCAACGCCCCGUGUCCUUUCAUAGUGGGCGUGGACUCGCGCUACUUUGACCUGUACGACCCCCCGGCAGACGUGGUCUGUGUGGAUCUGGACACUAACACCAUCUACCUGUCUGAUGAGAAGAGACACAGCAACUGGAAGAACCUUCCCAAGAAGCCCUGCAAGAGUCUGGUUAACUCGCUGAGCAACUUGCACCACCAGCUGGCCACCGCUUCAAUACGUCAAAUGCCACAGGAAGACUCUGCACUUGAUCUGACCCCCAUCGAGGCGGACUUCACGUGGCACAAGAAAAAAAUGGCUCUCGAAAUGGAAAUCCAGGAGGCCUUCCUUCGUUUCAUGGCCUCCAUCCUGAAGGGCUACCGCUCCUACCUCAAACCCAUCACCCAGGCGCCGUCUGAAAAGGCCACGGCUGCAGACUCCCUUUACGACCUGCAAGGGUUUCUCAAAAGCCGAGACCGCACCCAUCAGAAGUUCUACUCCCAGCUCACCAAGACCCAGAUUUUCAUUCGCUUCAUCGAGGAGUGCACCUUCGUCAGCGACAAGGACACAGGCCUGGCGUUCUUUGACGACUGCGUGGAGAAGCUUUUUCCCUCUGAUAAAAUCACAGACAAGGGUACCAAGGUCGAAGGAGAGUCAUCCGAGGACACUAAACUCCUGGAGCUGGACGAGUCUCAAAAGAGUGAGCACACCGUCUUUGUAAUGCCCCCUGAACCUGCGGCUGACAGCGGACCCGAACCCGCUCCUCGGUACACAUAUAAAUGCUUCCCCCGGCUGCAGCUGAACUUGUUUGACCGUCCCAGAGAGUUGCGUCCAACGAUGAGCAGCCGGGCGGCGCGGGCCAGUCUGUCCAACAGUCCCGCGCUGCUGGCUAAGAGAACCAAGCAGGAGGUCAAGCUGGCGUACAAGAUGGCGAAGCGUUUCUACGCCAACCCGCUGCUGUGGGCGCGCUGCCUGUUCAGCCACUGCUACAGCCUGUGGUUCAUCUGCCUGCCGGCGGGCGUGACGCUGGCCAAGUCCAAGAGCCGAGCCAUGCAGCAGGCCUACAACGUCCUGUUGAAGAUGAGGGCCACGGAGGUGGAGAUGCUGGACGAAGUGUGUUACAGAGUGGUGAUGCAGCUCUGCGGCGUGUGGGGUCUUCCUGUGAUGGCUGUGCGGGUCCUGGUGGAGAUGAAGAAAGCUGGAGUACAUCCCAACGCCAUCACAUACGGAUACUACAACAAGGCGGUCCUGGAAAGCCCGUGGCCGAGUCGGAACCGCAGCGGCCUCUUCAUGUGGACCAAGUUGCGUAACGUGCUCCGAGGGGUGGCCCAGUUCAAGCACGGUCAGAAGGGGAUCUCUCCCAGCCAGGGCUCCACCAGAACCACCGCAGCUGAGUCGGCCAGCGUGCCGGCGGUCACUGACGUAGACAGCUUGAGUCACGGCAGCGUUGACAGCUCGAGCGAAGCCAACGGCGAGGAACAUAACCUGUUCGCCCCGGACCAUGAGAUGGGAGACACUGCAGACAGCCAGUGUAGUACAGGCCAGUCCGAUCAGGGCUACGGGUCGAAGGAUGAGUUGCACCAGGAGCUGAUGGAGACUUUACAAACGGCCGUCCUCUCAGCAGACCAGAGGAACAGCGCUAAGGCGCAGCAUAAUGGAGGUGACAUCGCUGGCUCGGUGGACAGCGCAGUCGCCGUGGCGGAGCCCCCCAGCCCCGUCGACGUCCUCCCACACGUCCCAAGUAUCGUCAAAUUGUCCACAGGAAGCUUCGAUGACGGCCGGGAGAAAGGGACAGGAAAGCUGUUUAGGAGACGCAGCAAGAAUGAGAGCGUGUCUCUGUCGGACGAGGACUCGUCGCUGCCCUCCGGGGACGGGGCUAAGCAGUCCCAGCAGCAGCAGCGGCAGAAGGCCUUCUCCGAACGCAGCUGCAGCUUCAGCGCCGAGACCCGCGCCGGGAUGCUGCUGGAGAAGGGCGUGGACCACAUGGCCAGCCAGAUGGGGGCGGACGCUCGCAUCCUAGCGGCGGCGCUGUCCGGAGUUCAAACCCCUCCCGCCAACAGCGUGUCCAAGGCUCUUUUUGAAGACGUGGAGGAGGAGCCCGAGGAGGAUAAGGGGGGCUCGCUCAAGAAACGGCCGCCGGAGGACGGCUCGGAGGUGCCGGAUGAAGGUAAAGGAGAUGAGACGGAGGUGAAGGGGAAACGAGAGAGGAAGGAUACUGAAUCACAGGAGGAUGAGUCCGGAGGGCGAGGGGCUACCUUGGAGAGGGCGGAUGUGGAGGCGGGGGCCGACCCGCUCUCCCUCCUGGUGACGGAGAGCGACGAGUCGGCUUCUGUCACCAGCCAGGAGCCCCGCCCGGUGCCUGCCGUGGUGUCCCGCAACCUGGCGGAGGAAAUCGAAAUGUAUAUGAGUCUGAGGAGUCCCAUGGGUGCCAAGGCCUCCAGCAUGGAGCUGCAGCAGUCCCAGGGAGACCUCACGGACACCCCCACACUCCCCAAACAGCCCCUGGAGCGCAGGUCCAGCCUCCCGGUGCCUCCUAUCAAAACCCCCACCGGCUCGCCGGGGGACACGCCCAAACGGAGCCCCGCCACCGUCACUCGCUCCAAAACCUUCGCAGCAAAGAGCAAGACGCCGGCGAGCACCACGGCGAGCCCCAGUGCCAGGUCGUCCUCGCUGACGGCCCUUGUCAAGUCCUCGCAGGGGGGGUCGCUGGGCUCCGUCAUCAACUCCAUAUCAGGCAUCAAGAUGGACACGCUGCUGUCGGGACCCAAAAUUGAUGUACUGAAGUCGAGCAUGAAGCAGGCGGCGAACGUGGCCAGCAAGGUGUGGGGAGCAGUGGCAUCGGCGUACUCGUACUCGGAUGACGAGGAGGAACCGGAUCAGAGCAGCGGCGGCUUCCCGGUCCACUUGGAUGAAAACAUGCUGUCGGUACACGACUCGGAUGAGAGUCCCGACAGAAGAGGAAUCCCAGGGUUGGUCGCUAACGGCCUGAACCGGAGCUCCACCAGUCUGGGCAGCAGCAGCGGCAGCAGUGACACGGGCCGAGGGACCCAACAGACGCACCUGGCUCCCGGACGUGCAGGCAGAGGACCGGACUCUGAGCAAAGCUCCUCGCAUCACGCUUCCUCCUCCAGUAUCUACCAGAACUGUGCACUAGAGGUGCUGAUGUCCAGCUGCUCCCAGUGCCGCUCCUGCGAGGCGCUGGUCUACGACGAGGAGAUCAUGGCUGGCUGGACAGCAGACGACUCCAACCUCAACACCAACUGUCCUUUCUGUCAGACGGCCUUCCUUCCCCUACUUCACAUCGAGUUUCAUGACUUCCGCACGAUACCUGGGUUUUAUAUGAAUCCUAGUGCGUCAGGAGACAGCAUCCACAGUAGCAGCCCUCACCCCACAGCAAGCAGCGCGGCGGAUAUAAAGGCACCGGACCUCAUCAGCUUCCCCGAGGAGAAUCCAAGGGAGGCCCCGGAUAAUCGUCCUGGAGCUCACAAGAGUCUGGUCCCAGAGCCGGUGCAGUCGGACCCCCUGGGUCUCCUGGAACACCAGAAGUGCAGCGGGACUUCCCUGACACGCAGCAACAGCGUGGGCGGUCCGCUGCAGAGCCUGGACUACUCCCAGAGACCCGGACACGGCGUCUCCACCACCAGUCUGCCCUGCAGUCUCCAAGAGGUGUCGGAUGGCAUCGGCACAAAGCGCCCCAACCCCAAACCCGUUUCUGUGCCGUAUCUCAGCCCCUUGGUUCUGCGUAAGGAGCUGGAGACCCUGCUGGAGAAUGAGGGAGAUCAAGUUAUCUACACACACAAGUUCCUCAGUCAACAUCCAAUCAUUUUCUGGAACCUGGUGUGGUAUUUCCGCCGCUUGGACCUGCCCACCCACCUACCUGGUCUCAUCCUCACCUCUGAACACUGCAACCACGGAGUACAGCUGCCCCUGACUUCGCUGUCCCAGGACAGUAAGCAGGUCUGCAUACAGCUCCUGUGGGACAACAUCAACCUGCACCAGGAACCUGGAGAACCCCUCUACCUGCUCUGGAGGAACUUCUUGGGGAAACGGGGAACUCUGGCUCCAUCAGACCACCAGGAGAUCCGUACGCUUCUCAACACCAUUGUUCGCAACAUCCAGACCAAUGACGUGUACGGACCAAUCAACCUGCUGAUCCGAGAGAUCAGACAUCGUCCAGACGGUGUCAAACGACAGAGGGGUGUCUACAGAGAAAUACUGUUUCUGUCACUGAUUGCCCUGGGACGGGAAAACAUCGACGUAGAGGCCUUCGACAGGGAGUACCGGCUCGCCUACGAGGGACUGAGCGCCGAUCAGCUCAAAUCUCUGCACUGCAUCGAUGCCCCGCCCGGCGUCAGCGUCCAGUCGUGCCUUAAAUGUUUCGGCGCACCCAUCAUCUGAACAUGGCCACCUCCUGGAGCAGAGAAGGUGGAAGAUCUCAUCGAUCAUUCGCAAUCACGGGCGGAAAAACAUAACCUUCUCCCAGUUGCUAAACAUGGUACUUCUUGUUCUUAGUCUUCUUCAUGACCUGCUUUUCUUGACAACCUUCAUAUGUUGGGGUUUUUUUCUGAGGUUUUUCACAAAGUUGCCUUCAAAUGCAACUGUUUUUUUGUUCACUUUUUGGAAAGUUGCAAUGAAUAUUUUGGGACUAGUUGAGCCACGUUUCUUUGCAGGUGGUGAAUAGAUUGAUUAAUCACUGAUAAGAAUGUAUUGACCUCCCCGUCCGUGUUUUCACAGUCUGUUCCCCGUCAUCAUGCUAUUCACACACUUUGCAUAAAAAAAAAAAAUCUGUCCAGAUCAGUGCUGCUUUAUGCACUUUAUUAAAAAAAAAAAAAAAAACAAGACAAAAAAAACUCACUUCCAUAACCUGUUUUUUGUAUACAUUAUUCACUUUAGUGGGAAAUCUGAAAUCCGGGUUUGCCCCUUUUAUUUUUCAGGCAGUGGGUCUCAAUGACUUUGAAUGAUCCUGUUUUCACAUGUUUGUUUCUGUUUCUCCGUUUUGUGUUAACUAUGUUUUUUUUGACAGUACAUGUGAACAGGAGAGGGCCGAGGCCAUGGACAAUCACUAGUUAUUUAUCACUAAAAAUGGAUUCGCAACAUUCCAGAUGCCCUGCACUCAACGUAAGGUCUCACAAGACCUCUGCAGUGACACUUAAUAGCAGUCUCCACGCGUGCUUUAGAGGAAAAAUGAGCGAGUGCCACACUACUGAUUCAGGCGUAUUAGAAUAAGACACGCUUACUCCAACAGGAAGACGCUUUUACUAUCUGCAUUUUUUUAACUGUAAAAAACUGUACUUUUUCAGCUAAAAUUACUUAAAAUGAUAACUAAUAUGUACUCUGAGCUCUUAAUGACUCUAGCAUAGAAUAAACCAUUAAGGGGUUAAAGUAGAAGUAUUACAUGCAGAGUGGAAGGCUUUUUAGAGUUUAACCCAGUGUUUGAGUAAUCGUGCAAGCUCGUACAGCUUUCCAGAGCAAAGGGCCUUUUUUUCUUUCUUCAAUAUUGAUGAUAACCCGUGUAAAGAGAGAAUCGGACGUGACAUUCCACUAAAUGCUGAAACAGACGGGUGAGGGGGGGUCAGAGACGUGCUGUGGUGAACUAUUGGGAAAUGGGUUUAGAGUGACUUAUUUGUGGAAUUGGGAGAUUAACGUUGUACAGAUGAAAUGAUGUAAAAUAUUCCCGUUUGCACUGCAUAGAUUAAAAAAAAAAAAAAAAAAACUGAGGGUGAGAAUAAUAUGAAACCACAUCUGAAUAUUAACAUGUACACCAGUUUUCUUUAAAAAAAAAAAAAAAAGAGAAAGAAAGAAUGAAAUUGAGUUAUUUAUUUUUGUAUUAUUGAUGUUUGGAUUGCAAAUGGUGUGCUGACUUGGAGGUUUUAUGCCUAACAACCGCCUUUUCCCCUUUAUUCUGUCUUAAGGGAUUCCUUCCUGUGCUGACUUUGUAAAUUUGAAAUGUUUGGUUGUACAGAAAAGACUUCUUCUUUUUUUAAAUAAUAGAUUAAAUCUCUUACCGUCCUGUGGAAAGGAAAUGAAUGUCUAUACUGAAGUGCGCUGCAAUAAAUGAGUUUGUGAACCGA